CAACAUUCGCAAGCAUAGGAAGAUUAGGAUAAACUUGUGACAUAAAAAAUUAAAUAGCUUCAAUUUGGUAAAUAAAUAAAAAAUGCCUGAAACAAUUAUAGCCGGCAUUCCGGUUAAUUUUCCAUUUGAACCGUAUGAAGUGCAGCGCGCUUACAUGGAAAAAGUAAUUAUAUGUCUAAGAGAUGGAACGAAUGGAGUACUUGAAUCACCAACUGGAACAGGUAAAACAUUAAGCCUUCUGUGCUCAUCUCUGGCCUGGCUACAUCGUCGUAAAGAAGAAAUGAAAAACCAAAUGCAAAAGGUGAACUCUUCACAACCGGAUUUAAAAGACAAUCCCCUUUUGGGAGAACACUUUGAAAUUAUGGCGCGCUCAAAGGGCAAAAGUAAUUGGGGACUGCCGAAAAUAAUCUAUGCCUCACGUACACAUUCCCAGCUAACACAGGCCAUGCAGGAAUUAAAAAGAACAUCGUACUCUUUUAUGAGAGCUGUUGUCUUGGGUUCCAGAGAUCAACUGUGUAUUCAUCCUGAGGUGAUGCGCGAACUGGGCAAUGCCAACAAAAUACAAAUGUGUAAAUUACGUGUGCAGACCAGAACUUGUUCAUUUCAUAGUCGAGUUGAAUCUCGCAAAGAUGAUCCCGACUUUCGCGGACCCUCUAUUAUGGACAUUGAGGAUUUAGUUAAAGUGGGACAAAAACUGAAAAUGUGUCCUUAUUAUGCUUCCAAAGAACUUGUGGACGAUGCUGAUAUUGUAUUUAUGCCCUAUAAUUAUUUAUUGGACCCUUCGGCGAGAAAAGCCAAUAAAAUUGAAUUGAACAAUACCAUUUGCAUACUUGAUGAGGCACACAAUAUCGAAAAGAUAUGCGAAGAAUCCGCAUCAGUUAAUAUUCGAUCAUCCGAUGUGGCGUUGGCCAUUGAAGAUACCACCCAUAUAAUGAAGGCUAUGAGUGAAGGUGAUAUGAUUGAUGGUGGAGAUGAACCAAAAGAUUUCACUUUAGAUGAUUUGGCAUUGCUUAAGGAAAUGCUAUUGGAAUUGGAAAAGGCAAUAGAUGAUAUUGUAGUCGAGAAUACCCAGGAUGGUGCAACAUUUCCUGCUUCCUAUAUCUUUGAUUUACUGGGCAAAGCUAAUAUUACCUAUGGCUCAUCCAAAGCUGUUGUAGCGCUACUGGAUAAAUUAAUACAAUAUAUGGCAGUACAAUCACAAAAUAACAUGACACGCAAAGGUGGUAGUUAUCAGAAGUUAAGUGAUCUGUUAACCAUUGUGUUUAUUAAUAAGGAAGAUAGCAUCGAUAAAAUCUAUCGCAGUUUUAAAGUCCAUGUACAAAUUGAGGAAGAAAAGAAAUACAAUACUAAGGCUAACGCCAAUCAAUCCGGAUGGCUGUCAAAGGGCAACACAACGAGCACUAGUAAAAUGGGUAAAAUAAUAAACUAUUGGUGUUUUAAUCCGGGAUUUGGAAUGGAACAACUACUGAAUACUAAUGUACGUAGUGUCAUUUUAACAAGUGGCACAUUGGCUCCCUUGAAACCUCUAAUAGCGGAAUUGGCAAUACCCAUUGCACAGCGUUUAGAAAAUCCUCACAUUGUAUCAGCGUCUCAGGUAUAUGUAAAAAUCAUUGGCUCUGGUCCUGACCGAGAACCUCUCAUAUCGAAUUAUCAAAAUAGAGAUAAUCCCAAGUACAUAAGCUCUUUGGGUUCGACCAUAGUAAAUGUUGCCCGUUUGGUACCAGAUGGCUUACUAGUAUUCUUUCCUUCAUAUCCGUUGCUAAAUCAAUGUGUAAAUUCAUGGCAAGCCUCUGGAGUGUGGUCGGACAUUUCUCGGCAUAAACCCAUAUAUGUGGAACCCCGUGGUAAAGAAGAUUUCGUGACCACCAUGGAACAGUUUUAUCAAAGUAUUAAGGAGUCAAAAGGUGCCUGUUUUAUGGCCGUAUGUCGAGGUAAAGUUUCAGAAGGUCUUGACUUUGCUGAUCGAAAUGGACGUGCUGUAAUUAUAACAGGUCUACCCUUCCCGCCAUUGAAAGAUCCUAAAGUAAUAUUAAAGAAAAAAUACUUGGAAGAAAAUCGUACAAAAGAAAAUGAGCUGCUUACCGGUCAAGCAUGGUAUUCUUUAGAUGCUACAAGAGCUGUUAAUCAGGCCAUUGGUCGUGUCAUACGGCAUCGCAAUGAUUAUGGUGCAAUUUUACUAUGUGAUGCUAGAUUCCAGCAACAAUCCCAAGUUCAGCAGUUAUCUAAAUGGAUAAGAGAUAUAUUAGGUAAUCAAAAAAUUAAUACAGCAUUUGGACCGGUUAUUAAAGAAUUGAGAGACUUCUUCAAGAAUGCUGACAAAACAAUGCCAAAACCGAAGGAGCGUUCAAUAGAAACAUUGGUCCAUGACAGUUGCGAAGAGGUUGGUGAGAGUGUACGGAGCAAAUUAUUUGCUGAUCCCAAAGAAAUACUUGCAGCAAAGAACCGGUUUCAAACAGCUCACAGCCAAGCAAUCAAAGUUGAAAAGACAAAUUCUAUAGAAUCGUGGUCACCAAAUGAUUAUGCCAGAGCCGCUGGUCGAUCAAACACUGGCAAACUUCCUAGUGCCAUGGAUUUCAUGAGUCGGCUUGACUCGGAUGUUAAAGCAAUCGAUUUUAAUUCUUCCUCAUCGUGUAACAACAGUAGUGAAAAUUUAGUUAAAAUACAUAAACGUGAACGUAGUCCCACAAGCAGCCAAUUAUCCUCAUCAUCGUCGUCGAGCAACACAUCAUCAUCAUCGCAAGGUGAAUUAAGUAAAAAGAAAAAAUAUAAACUAGUAGAAAAUACCCUAUCAUUAACGACACAAGUAUCAGCAUCAACGACUGCUAAAUUAAAUUCAUUUUCAUUUGCUAAGAAGCCACAAGUGUCCGCUAACACAGAUGAAAAUAAAAAGGCUCCUGAGGAUAGAUUGGAAUUUUUAAGAGUGCUUCGUGGUGUCUUGGCUCCACCAGAUUUCAGUGCGUUUACAGCAGCUCUUGUUUCUUAUAAACGUGAUAACAACAUCGAUGCUCUGUUGGAUCUAUUAUUUCGUAUAUUGGCAAAACCAAGUUCUAUGUAUUUAUUGCGUGAUAUGAAACGUUUUCUUAAAAAUGAACAUCGUUCCAAAUUUGAUGAUCGCCUUGCCUGCCUCUCAUAGUUUUAAAAUAAUUUUAGACCUGAAUUGAGAAUUGGAGUUUUAUUUUAUUAAUUUUUUUUAGAAUAAAUAAUGCUUUCUUACAGGCUAUGUAAAAGGAAUGGGUACUUAAGAAGAAUACUCUCAUUUUUAUGCCCCUAACUUUAUAUCUUCGUAGAGUUUAAAGUACAUGUGUAACGGGUUUAGAUUUAAAUAAUAAAUUUCUCAUAAGUAUAUGCAUCCAAAUUUGUAUAAUGUUCAGAAAUAUAUUUUCGCAAAUUAUGAUAAAAAUCGAAAUUGUACCGUAAA